AUGAAGAAGGAAAAAAACCUUCUUUGCUCCCAGUCUGAUGAAAAAUCAGAAAAAAUCCAUCAGCUGGAAGAAGCACUUAAAAUAGCCCAACACCUUCUAAAAGAGACCCAGAAGGAUGCUGAAGAGAUGAAAAAUAAGAGUUUGUCUCAGAAAAUAGAACUGGAAGCACAAGAAGCCGAGCUUCAGCAUUUAAGAAGCAACAAUAAAUUGCUCCAGGAUUCAGUCCAGGAGUUACAACUUGAAAAUGGAACCCUUAAGGACAUUAACAAGGCUUUAGAAGAAGAAAAAUUGGACAAUCAGAAAUCUUCAAUUCAACGGAAGAAGCAAAAUGGAUUUGCUUGCAGUAAAAUGAAGACGUGGAUGAAAUCCUGUGCUGAUGAGGUUGCCAUCUCCCUACAUGAGCAUGAGCCAGAGUAUGAGCUAGACGGACUCCCAGAGGUGGUGAAAAAAGGGUUUCCUGCUAUUCCUAUUGUGAAAACCGACCCUUACAUUUUGUGCAGAACAACUUUUAACCUAAGGACCAGUCCCCGUCUUGCUGCCCAAAGCCAAAAAUUGUCACCAGGUUCCCAACUUUUACGAAAAGGCAGGUCAGAUAAUCUUGGGGAGAUCUGUAAACCGACAGCUGGUGGCAGCAAAUCACAGAAGGUAGAUGAUACUCAACAGUGCCAAGCAGAAACAGCUAUUGAACCCAUGGAAUCUAGUUCAAGAUCUCUUUGCAUAAAUGAGCAACCCACAAAAACUGUUGCUCCGACCUCUAGGGAGAAUAUUAACACUCACAAAGGCAGAUGUGCCUUGAGCACACAAACAUCACCUGAGCAACAUGAAGAAGGCAAAAACUGUAUAAUACUGUAA